AUGCAACGUCAUGCUUUCACUUCUCCCUUUGCUCUUUCACAUGAAGUCACUCAUGCUCCCGUAUCAGCCAUAGAGCUUUCCUUUUGUCCACCACAAUCUUCUCUGGUUUCCAUUCAUCAAAGCGCAUUCGACGCACACGUCUCACACUCCACAUCGACUACUCUUCCCGCUCAAUCGGUCCCAAGCCAUCCGCUCACCCACCAACAGCCGCUCUCCUCUCCCGUGCAAUUAUUAUCUCCUUCUCCCUCAUCCCCAUUAAGCUUCCUGGAAUAUCGUGAGGGAGCUCCAUCAGCCGAAGAAUUCGAUACACCCGAGUUUUUUCAAUAUAGCAAGGAAAAAUACGAAUCAGCCAAGUCGGGAGUGAGGAGACGAAAAAGACGAGGUGAUAAUGAUGGAAUAUUGGUCGACAGCCAGGGUGGCAUCAUUGGACCAGGAGGCGGCGUUGAAGAAGGUGAAGAUGAUGAGAAUUGUAGUGCCAUAUCACAUGCAGAAUUUCGGCGUCAAGUACAUAUUCAAUCUGAACAAAAGCGACGCGCUGAAAUCAAGGAUGGUUUCGAAGAAUUGCGUCGACAACUUCCAUUUGCAUAUAAUGGGAGGAAGAUGAGCAAAGCCACUUUGUUGCAGAAAACUGUUAAUCACAUCAAACAAAUGCGAUCAAGAGAGAGCUUCCUUCUUGAAGAAAUCAAUAGACUUAAUCAAACUGUAUUAUACCUCAACACGCAAUUGGAAAACGAAAAAAAGAUGGGGCAAAUCUAUCGUCAGAGACAGACUCUUGACAAAAUUUACGCUCUCGGAUUGUGA